GCGCUAGCUUCUCGAUAACAUUCCUUUCUUCAUAAACUAUUCGCCGGAAAAUAAACUACUCGCCGGAAAAUAUGGCUAAGCUAGCUUCUCCAACUCUCUACAUCUUCCUCUUCGUCCUAAACCGUUUGGUAUCAAUCUUGAUCAAGCCAUGGAAUUCCAUUAUCCCCAACGCAAUCCUCGACCACAUCGCCGACAAGUUCCGGGUGGACUCCCACGCCACGACGGCGGCCGCCACGGACUUCGGCGGCCGAGUUCAAGAAACCCCGGCGGCCGUCCUCUACCCGUCCUCCAUUGACGACAUCAUCGACCUCGUCCGGUUCUCCUACACCUUCCCUUCCCCGUUCCCCAUUGCGGCAAGGGGGCACGGCCACUCGGUCCGCGGGCAGGCCUCGGCGAAGGACGGGGUGGUGGUGAAUAUGGGCGCUCUUGCCGGCGGGAAGAUUAAGGUUUCUUGGAAUGAUUCAUUAGGGUAUUAUGCCGACGUGGCGGGUGGAGAGCUGUGGAUCGACGUUUUGCGUGCAUGCCUCCCGCACGGCGUCGCGCCCGUAUCGUGGACGGAUUAUUUGUACUUGACGGUGGGCGGAACCCUAUCCAACGCCGGGAUCAGCGGCCAGGCCUUCCGUUAUGGCCCACAGAUCAGCAACGUUCUUGAGCUGGAUGUUAUCACGGGAACGGGGGAAUUUAUUACCUGCUCCAAAGACGUCAACUCGGAUCUUUUUUUUGCCGUUUUGGGUGGGCUGGGACAGUUUGGAAUCAUAACAAGGGCUAGAAUUGUCCUAAAGAAAGCACCAACAAGGGCAAAAUGGGUAAGAAUGUUGUACGAUGAUUUCUCCAAAUUCACCGAAGACCAAGAGUAUCUAAUCUCAGUGGACGAGAAAGAGCAGGGAGUUGACUACUUGGAAGGGUCUCUUAUAAUGAACCAGAGCUCUCCAAAUAACUGGAGAUCUUCCUUCUUUUCCCCCUCCGAUCGAUCCAAAAUCAACCCUUUGCUCGCCGACAACCCUAUUGUGUACUGCUUAGAUGUUGUCAAGUACUUCUAUGAUGACAAUGAUGAUCAAAAUCAAGAGGGUUUGGUGAGAGAUUUGGGAUAUGUGAAGGGGAUGAAUUUCAAGAAAGAAAUGACAUAUUUCGAGUUUCUGAAUAGAGUGACGAGUAAGGAUUUGGAGGCACAAGAGAACGGGCUAUGGAAGGCUUCCCAUCCAUGGCUAAAUUUGUUUGUACCAAAGUCCCGAAUCUUGGAUUUCAAUUCCGGCGUAUUCGAAAGCAUCAUUCUGAAGCAUAAUAAUAAGAAGAAGAGCUCUUCCUCAUCAGGGGACCCCAUCCUUGUCUAUCCCACCACCUCCAAAACGUGGGAUGAUAGGAUGUCAGUGGUGAUACCUGAAGAGGAAACCUUUUACUGUGUGGGGAUGCUGUAUUCCUGUGGGAUCAAUGAUUGGGAGGGCAUGAAUGCUUUGAAUGAAGAAACACUAAAGUAUUGUGAGGAAGCUGGGAUCAAGAUCAAGCAGUAUCUUCCCCAUUUCAAUACCAAGCAAGACUGGAUGAAACAUUUUGGCAAGAAGUGGAACUCUUUCCAAGAAAACAAGGCUCGGUUUGAUCCAAAAAUGAUAUUAUCCCCAGGCCAAGCAAUCUUCAAUUAAUUAAUUCUAGCUACUUCAUUUUAUUAUAUCUUUGUAAUUAUUUCUAAAUGUGUAUAUAGUGAUUAUAUAUGCAGUCAAAUAAAAAAUAGGGAAAGUGAUCUAUCAUGUAAUAUAAUGUAAAAAAUCGUCGUAUUAAAUUAGUCCUAGUUAAGUUUUGAUGUACUACUCCCAAGUAGAUUUUUCUUAAUUAAGGUAAGCAGUUUUUACAUUCGAUGUAUAU